CUUGACUGACGUCAAUAUGGCGUAUUGACACCUCACCAACCUGUACAAUCAAAUAGCGACUACAAUUAUUAGCUCAAAAUGGCCAGCCCAAGAACGAGGCGAGUCCUGAAGGACUUAAAAGUCAAAGAUGAAAAUAAUACCUGCUUUGAAUGUGGAAGCCACAAUCCUCAGUGGGUCAGCGUUACUUAUGGAAUAUGGAUAUGUCUGGAAUGCUCUGGCAAGCAUAGAGGCCUUGGAGUUCAUUUGAGCUUUGUGCGUUCUGUUUCUAUGGACAAAUGGAAAGAUCUAGAACUAGAAAAGAUGAAAGUUGGGGGUAACCGAUCAGCCCGAGUGUUCUUUCAGUCUCAGUCAGAUUAUCAUGAGGGAAUGUCCAUACAGGAGAAGUACAACAGUAAGGCAGCAGCUCUCUACAGAGAUAAGAUUUCAACCGAAGCUGAAGGCAAGCCAUGGAGUAUAGAAAAGUCACCAGCACGUAAUUUUGUAGCCUUUCAACCGUUUGUCCUCUUCCUCGUCCCAACCACGUUGACGUCUGGUGGAACAGGGGGCAGUUUUGAUAACAGUUUGCAUCAUAGUAGCAGCACUGGUGAUAUGGGCCACUACAAUUCAGGAUACCAAAAUUCUGAAUCUCUAACAAAGGAAUACGUCGACAGACAAAAAGCAGACUUCUUUGACAAGGUUCAGUCAGAGAAUGCUAGGAGACCAGACAAUGUACCCCCAAACCAAGGUGGAAAGUAUGUUGGAUUUGGAAACACCAUAGAGCAAGAGAAAAAAGAUGACUUAUUUGAAACCACUUUGUCAUCAAUUCACACAGGAUGGUCAACAUUUGCUUUAGGAGCCACCAGAUUUGCUUCAGCUGCAUCCGAAAAGGCAGUCAAACUUGCUUCCACUGCUGGGCAAAAGACCAAGGAGCUCAGUCAGAGUGUCAGUGAGAGUGUCCUCAAACCAACCAAAGACAAGGUUGCUGAUGGAAAUAUACUGGAAGAUGUCUCAGCUUCUGUGUCCUCUUUUGCCAGCAAAGUGAAGGACGGCACACUGAUCAAUGACGUUGGCUCCUCAAUGAGUGGAUUUGCAUCAAAGCUCAGCGCUGCCAGCGCUAAGGGAUGGACCGGUCUUCAAUCAUUAUGGGGAGAACCGAAAACUACUCUAGCUACAGCAGACACAAGCCCUGGAGAGAAGACCUCUCUACUUGGAAUGGGUGGCUACGGUUCUAACUCUGCAGGGGAUUCAAGUGGGAACAAACUUCUGGCAGAGGAUGAAGACUCUUGGGGUGAAUCAUGGGGUGGAGACUGGCAGAAAGAUAGUGGUGGGGUCAGUGGGGGUAGCGGCAAGCACCAGAAGCUAAACAGUAAUGACUGGUCUGCAGGCAAUGACGAGGACCUUGAAGCAUGGCUGAAUGAGGACUCCCCAUACAAAGCUAUGAUGGGUAAAGAAAAACCUCAAGCCAGCGCCACAAAGAAAACUAGCAAGGACGCAAAGAAAAUGUCUUCCAAAGCGAAAACAUCUGCUGCAAAGGGAAGCGACUGGAAUGAUGUAGAAUGGGAUAGUGGGUUCACCUCUCCUGGUAAGCAGAAAGAGCCACUUGUGGGCAAUCUUCUGGAUCUCAGUGAGGGAGACGCUAACACUUGUGCUAAUACUAAAGCUGAUGCAGGCUGGGACAAUGAAGUGUGGGCAGAUGAAGAAGAUGAAUGGCAAUCACUUGACCUUGAUUCUUCUAAGGGCAAGAAAUCCAGCUAAGCAGGCUUGGUAAGCGAUUUCAUAGCGCAGACUAUUUACAUGGCAGACAUAACAAUUGACUGAUGCCAUGCAGUUUCAUAUUGAACUCUGCCAUUGGAUAUUAAUUGAUGGUCCGGGACUGUUUGUAGUAUUUGAAGAAGGGAAGUGAUGCCACUGACACCAUUUUGUUGAUAUGUGCUCAGUGUCUACAUGUGUACAGACCUACAUUCUUACUGCCAAAUAAUGUGUGAAGAUUGACAGCAGGCAUCUGGUUUUGGUGGUGUUGUCAUCUUGUUACAAUCAGCAUGUUCUCAUGCUUUCUUGCAUUUUCCUACUUUAAUUUGUUCCCAUGACCAUCAUUAGUUUGAGAAAGUAUAGCAGGAUCUCAGUCACACAAUUUACUAAUGACGUUGUAUCUGUAGAGCUGCAUACAAAGUAAAAUGAAAACAAAUAUUUCCAUUUAGCAAAUUGAUUAUUGUGCACGCACAUACACAGAUGUGCACGCACACACCUACAGAUUUAUUCAUUCAUUUGUUUUCGGUAUUGGUGGUCCACACCUGUUUAAGUGAAUGAUUUUAGUUUCAUCUUAAUCUCUCAUUUUAAAAAAAAAAUCUUUGAAUAGAACGAGACAUGUUCUUUUGUCUUUUCUUAAACACAUUUGUGGUAAAAUUGCUGCAGUGGUUGUACUUCGUGCCAUGGGAAAAAUGCUUCUAGGUAUGUAAAAUUGUUCUAAGGAGCAGAAAGUGUGUAGCAGCUUUGAUGUAUGAUGCUAAUGAAAACUGCUGAUUUACAGUCAACAACAUUUUUCUUGUCUAGUCAUUCUGACUGUUUUAGUGUUCUUGUCUAUGUGAACAGAUACUUUCUUGAUGUUGGCAAUUCUCAGUUUUCUGCAAACCUUUGUAAAGCUAUUUUAGUGUGUAUAUUUAUGGUUAAUUCAGCUGGCAAAGGUAAAAGACCAUUGCAUACUGAAGUUUUUCAUUCAAGGCAGUUGAAAGAUCAGAUGCUCUGAGAUCUAUGAUGAAGGAGUACAGGGUGUGGAGUACACACAGUAUUAUAACAAUUGAGAAAUGGUAGUUACCAGUUAAGAGGUGAUUAAUAAGAGAAGGAAUGUGUGUGUGGGGGAGGGGAGUAUGUUUCUUUCUCUUCCACUGGUUGUGACAAUGAAACUCUAAACACUUUAUCAUUGGCAGAAAAUGGAAUGGCCCUCUAAAGUUACAUUUGUAUAUGAUAUGUGUAGUCUUCUCUGUGUUGCCUAUGUGGUCAUAGAGGUGUGUGUGGUGAGAGAGAGAGAAAAACGAUUAUGCUACUUACGACUGGUGCAAUAGCUUCUCUGCCCCACGUUUCAGCUUAGCAUUUACAGACAGGAGAAGAACCUUAUUGCCAGAAAAUCUUAACUGAAAAGAUUGCCUCCUCAUCAUUGUCUUUUGUAGUCUAUGAGCAUCUGAUCUAUGAGUAGACAGGAGUCUUGAUGUACAAUUAAUUACACUUAGGCCUGGCAUAAUUAAAACUUGCUAUUUAAAAAUUGCACCAGAUAUUAUAAUACUAUUAUUUCAGGCAUUGAGAAACUUAGAAGUUUUUUGCUGGUAAUUAACAUUAUCAGAUUUCUUUGCAUGUAAUUUGAAACUGUUGUUUCUUACUGCAGUCUUGAACAAAAGUCUGAAGCUAAAUACAUGAAGCUGUCCUAUAUGUUUAUUAUUCAGUUAACUAUUCAUUUUAAUGAAAUUGUGAUUGAAGCAUUGAUUUUGAAUUUUAAAAUUCUAAAGAGUAAAGGUGAAGCAUGAUAGAACUUUUAAAAGAAAUUGUGGAAAGUGCUUCAGUAUACCAGAUGUUCUUGCUGAACAACAUAAUGAGUUUACUAAGAGAAUGUAAGUGGAGUAUGAUUCCAUGCUUAGUUUAAAAUAAAGCUUUAAAAUGUCUGUCCUGAGUAUGUUGAAAUCUGUUCCUUUUUAUUGAGCUUCAAGACCACACAUUGUGCUGCAUUCACAAAGCACUUGUCUUUUCAAAUGUAUUGUGAUACAUGAGCAAGGGAGAGAAAAUUGGUAGUAAAGAAAGUUUGUAGCACUUGUGACCCAUUGUUUUAUUAAGUUUAUUCUGCUGAUUAGCAGUGAUAUGUGUAUUUCAUUACUAGAAAGAAUGUUUUCAGCAAGCAAAGAGUAUAAGCUUUGCUUAUUAUUUGCCUCAUUGUAAGUUUGUCAGCACAUCAUGAAAACAAAAUUAAGCACCAUACCUAAUUUUAUGGGAGAAAAGUGGACCUGUGAAUUUUGUGAGGACAAAGUAGAUUAGAAGCUGUGUUUUGUCAUUGUGAUUGUGAAUUGACAGGGCCUUGAGGUUGCCAUGGCCACUCUGUACAUUCACAAUAGUGGAAACAUUGUUCCUGUCAUCAGGCAGGCACAGGACAUAGUGACAGUAGAUAAUUAUUCAGUAUUAUGUUUUAGAGAGUUCAAACCAAAAUUAAAUCCAAAGAAAUGCACAAUGAAAGGAUGAUUAACAGUUUUAGUCUUUAUAAUAAUAUAGAGAAACAGUUUUGUUGGUUGAGAACAUUUUGCUUGACAUGUUUUAGAGGAAUUCACUGUUUUGAAGAAAAGUUCUUUGCAUUAUUCUUUAGUAGGUAUUAUAGAUAUCUUAAUAAUGUCUAAGGAGUUUUUUAAAUAUCACAUUUUUCUUUUUAAAAAACCAAUGCUGCUCUAAAUAAACAAGGGUGUGAUUUUACAUUGUACGCAAGGAUAAAGUACUCCGUCUGCAAGAUAAAUACUGGGAUGCUGAACUGUUUAAUAUUAAAUCUGCUGGCCAUGAUUAUAGUUAAUGGUUUCACUGGCUCCUGGUGUACAUUGUAGAGGUUGGGAAAUUUUUCAUUUCAUCAUGCUAUUUUAGGGUUUGCUUCUUCAUAUUGUAUAGAGUUCGAGAUUUAAAAAAAAUUUCUGAAGAGUAUUUUUAGUCAACAACUGUUGUCACUGAAGUGUGUUUUUAAUGAGAAUCAAGCGAGAAGGGACAUUAGAAUUACUAAUGAAAAGUGCUAAAGGGUGCAUCGUUUUUAACCGUAAUAUUCAUGUCACCAAGAUAGAUUGCUGCUGCUGAAAUGAAUGGUUUAUGCAUGUGUUAGAAUUGGCAAGUACACACUUGUUAUCAUUCCUAAGUAAUGUAUUAUCAGAUGCUUCCAUGAAAUAUGAUAUUGAUGUUUAUGUUGUGUAAUAACAGCUGUCAAGCGACAUCAGUAUCCUAAAAUUGUUGUUUUGAGAAUAUUAAAAGCCUUGAAAACAUA